AACGAAAGGCUCGUCCCCGAGCACACUGUCCCUGCUGGCACACAGACACAAGUUCCAUAGCCAAACCCUCAUAACCAUCUCUCUGCUCCACUCUCCUUAAAAACAAUGCCGAGAACAAUGGCAAUCGUUGAGGAAAAGAGAUCAGCUCCUCUCCCUAUCACUAAUUCCGAUCCCGAAAUCAAAAUUCGCAGCGUGCUCCCAAUUUUCGGUGUGAUCAACAUGACAAUUAGCUGCGCCACAACAAUCUACCGCGCCUACAUAAACGGAGACAUUCCGAUGAUAGUGUUCAUCGUUUACGUGUUUUUCGGCACCUUCUUGGUGGAUUAUUGGUUCCGAUUGUACAGUACGCUUUCCCCAUCCGAGCAUUCCCUCGGAACGCCAUUACCUGAAAAUCGGCAUAUGGGUCUUGGUAAGCUCCAUCAUGUUGGCUCUUCGCUUACGAACUCUCGACUUUUUUGAGCCUGGCCAUGUCUGUCUCCUUCUUUACUCUUGUACUCUGCGGCAAUUCCCUGCUUUCUAUGUCUAUUUCAUUUGGGAUGGUGAGGGGAAGAGCGCACACGCUAAUAAGGCUGCAAACGCGGAAGAACAGGAAAAGAAGCCUUUGGAGCCUGUAGCUAAAGUCUAGAACUCCUGGUCACAAUAUAAAAUAAUGGAAUCUAAAACUCAUAUAAGGGAUUUUGGUCAAAAAAAAUAAAAAAAACUCAUGUAAGGAUGUAACCUUCAACUUCAAGCCUUUUGUCCUAAUGCUUUUGUUUUAAUUACUACACUGGCUUUUGAUGCUAAGUGAGCCUGGCUAUUAUAUUAUGAUUUCAUUGUACACUACUUUCAGUUUAAUAUAAUAUACUUUUAUUA